AUGGCCGGCCAGUUCACCCCUGAAGAGAUCCGCGCGGACCUCGCUGGUCUGCCGGCUAGCGCGUUCAACAAGACCGAGAUGGAUGUCCGCGUCCAGUGGAUGGAAACGGUCUUGGACGUGGAGCCCCAGGCUCGUGGGAAGCAUGACCUGCGCUUCUACACGGGCGUCGGGCGGCUGCUCGCCGACGUGGUGUGCAGCACGCAACCGGAAGAUUACGCGGACGACUACGUCCGCGACGUGAUCAAGGCCAACUUCAAAGCUGGCGACACGCCAUUCAAUGAAGAAGGCAAUCCUGAGAGUUGGAAGACUCUCAAGAUGACUCCGGCCAUGGUUGUGUUCGCCUUGCGUGUCCAGACUGCUUUCGCGAAAUCAGCGGGAAUGGAGGUGGCACAAGGCUCUAAAGAGUUCGUUAAGUGUCAGGCCGAGAAAGAGAAGCAGACAACUAAACCCAAAGGGAGCGGCCGGAAAGAUAGCUGCAGAAAAAGGUCGCCAGCAAUCGAUUUGAUGCCGAGCGGCGGCAGUUGGGAUGAUCGGCUCAAAGCCGCGCUCGACAUGAAGAAGGCGCGCUCCUUGGAAGAGCGGGUGCACUACCAGGGCUUCGCCACGUUCCUGGGGCAUGUGUUCUCGUGGGGCCUCAAGCUCGUCAUGAUGAAGGUUUGCUCUCAGACGCACCUCCUGUCGUAUGUCUUCAUCCUCACCCGGGUGGCAGAGGAGCAUGGUGGUGUGGCCACAGCGUACCACUAUGACGUCAAGGUGCGGAAAGAAAUGGCCACGGAGCUGGAGCGUGAGAAACCCAACGUGCUGCGCUGGCUCCUCGAGCUGAACGACGACACGGCCAGGGCAGCAAAAGAUAAAGCGCAGUCUGGCGCUGGCAGGGUUGCGAAAUUCGCAUCAGCUGCUGCAGCGGGGUCUUCUGCUCAGAGCGCCGCUGGGAAUCACGGUCGUGGCAGCGGCGGUAAGGCUGUCGGCAAGGGCGGCAAGAGUGGCAAGGGCGAUAACCG